AUCACCUAAUCAUAAAUGGGAAUUUUUGUUUUGCGAAAUAAGCUAUGGUCCAUAUUCAUUUGAUUGGAAACAUUAUUGGAAAGAUGAAUUAAGACUCGGCAAAUUUUCGAAAGACUCUUGGAACAGUGCAUAUUUUUUAACUCAGAGAAUCGAUGCUUCGGAUCAAUUAUUAAAAGACAUGAUGGAUGAACUGAAUCAUGUGAUGAUACAUUUUUAUGAAACAAACAUGGAUAUAUAUAUCUUGGAUCGCAAGACAAAACCGUGCCAUCGGAUGUGCCUGAUAAAGUCAUUAGAGAUACCACUCAUAAACAGCAAUGAACAAAAGACAAUACAUAUGAUAAAUAAAUUAUGUAAAGGAAUAUUAAUGGCAAACAAAUUAAUAGUUGAUGUUAUUAGGAGAAUUGAAGCUAUUAAUCAAUUGUUACUCAACAGUAACAACCCUACCACUCCUCCAAAUCUAGUAGAUA